AUGGAUCCUGACACUCGAUUAAAAAAUACCAGGGUAACCUAUCAAAGGGCUACGAUAACACCCUUCCAUGAUAUAAUACGCAAAGAGAUUGAGAAGGCAAUCCAAGGAAUCAUUAUUGCCAAAUUCUUCACGGAUAGAGCUACUGAAGAUUACGAAUCUAUGAAAUUAGACUUUUCAGAUGAAGAAUUAAUGGCCAUCUCAGGAAUAAAAGACAAGGAUGAGGAAGAGACAUGGAGAAUGUAUUUCGAUGGGGCUACGAACGUCAUGGGGCAUGAGAUUGAAGCAUUAUUAAUAUCUCUAACAGAAUAUUACUACCCCAUGAUAGCAAGAUUAAAUUUUAAUUGCACUAAUAAUGUGACUGAAUAUGAAGCUUGUGCUAUGAGACUGCAUGCUGCGUUGGUUAGAAAAAUUGAGACAUUAAAGGUGUCCAGAGAUUUAACCUUAGUUAUAUAUCAACUAAAGAAUGAAUGGGAGACAAGGGAUUCAAAACUCAUCCCUUACCACAAAUACAUCUUAGAGUUGUGUAAGCAAUUCGAAAGUAUAAAAUUUAAACAUUUGCCUUGUGAAGAUAAUCAGAUAGUAAAUGCUUUGGCAACUUUAGCCGCAAUGGUGCAACUUGGCAAUAUAGCUGAAAUUCAACCUAUCAAAUUAGAUGUGAGAGAUAUGCCAGUGCAUUGUGCCAAUUUGGAAGAGGAAAAAGAUGGCAAUCCUUGGUAUAUUGACAUUAUGUGA